GAUCCCCUAACUCUUUGAAAAAAACAUUUUUUAGAGAGACAGGGUCUUCAUUAAGGAAGUCACUGCUCAGAGCUGGACCAUCAAAGCAGCCUUUCAGUUGACCCUUCAAUUCUCUGCAGAAGUCAGAGUUGGUGCGCAUGAGCCUGGGUGUCCCUGGUUCCUGGCUUUGUGUUGAGAAGGACAGGCCUCCAAACAUCCCUCGGUUCAUCAAGGGAUACCUCUGGCAGUCUGGCUGGCCAUCAAAUAAUACCGCCUCUUAGAAAGGCAGUGAAGGCCCAAUCAGAUUUUUCUCUGGGGGUUGGUCCCCCUUGCUGUUCUCCAUGUCUGCUGAUCAAACUAUGGAGACAUUUGAAAAUUCCUAGGCUUUAUUAAGGGUGGGCGUGGUCAGAACGCAACAUUAUUACCCAUAACAUUGUUACAUCAACGUUGUGAUCCACACUAAAACAAGGUAGUCAUCAUAACUGUGAACCGCGAAACACGUAAUAAUGUGUUUCACGGUUCUAAGACUUUUACCGUCAUGGUGGAAAUUGAGAGAAUAGGAAAAUAAUUCAUGUUUUCACCGCUGCAGAACACACACAACAUAGCCUACCUGUUACCCAAAUUGCCAGAAUAAAUGUUAAUGUGGUAGCCUAGGCUAUUUUCGUAGCUUCAUACUAUAACUAAAUGCUACUUUGGAACAGGCACAUAGAAAGGUGGUUUUAGGCAAAAUCAGGAGCUGUGGGUCUUUAUUUAUAUGUAACCAAAUUUGCACCACAUAUUUUUGGUACAGUAAGUUUACACACAAAAUGGAUGGAUCUUCCUACCUUUUCAAAUUCACUAGUCACUCGCACAAUGACCACAGGCCCACCUGGAAGAGAUGGGUAGAUUAUAUUUUAACCUUGGUUGUUUAUAUUUGAACUGUGCAUAAUAAAGAUUUCAGUACAUUGAGUUAAGAAUACUGCAAUGUUAUUUUAGUCUUUCUAACUUUAGAUAGUAGCCUAUGUUGAACAUUAGAAACGCCGUGGAACUAAUUUACCAACAUCAGUGAGUCAGCGCGCGGAUUAAUUGUAUCGUUGUUGGACAUCGGAUAUUAUUCCUGCUGGCACCAGUCGAAAACCUAGACCCCAACUAUUGUGAGCGCGGGCUGAAAAUGCCCACGUCCUUUCUGGAGAUGAAAAGCGAGGACCACAGUGGACAGACCAAGCAUAAUGUCCAGAAUAAAUCCAAGAGUCCAAAAGUCACCAGACGACUGAAAAGGUGUCUUUGGCUUUUCCCACCUCUUGACCUGGAAGAGGACGCAGCUCCGGUCCCUGUGUCUGACUCCACCAGAGAACCACCAGAGACCAGGAUGUCAAAGAAGAAGACGACUUUCCCCAGACCACCUGUCUCACAGGAUGCAGAGAAGUUUCAUGAUGGCCCAACUGACACCAGUAGCCCCAAUACCAUCCCAAAGAGAAGGUGCCUUUUCCCAACCCUGAUGUCUGAGCCAGACCCAGUCCCUCUCUCUGAGCCAGAGCCAGUCCCUCUCUCUGAGCCAGACCCAGUACCUCUCUCUGAGCCAGCAGAGACCAGCGAGCCCCAGCAGAAGGCAGGAAUCUUCAACCCACCUGCCACAAAGCGACUGAAGAGGACCAGAAAGUUGGAGCCAGCCCCAGGCCUCUCUGAGCCAGCCCCAGGCCUUCUCUCUGAGCCACCAGAGAGCAUGAAGUCAGCGGAAAUGGAGAUCCCAGGUCCACCUGCCACAAAGAGACUGAAGAGGACCAGGAAGUUGGAGCCAGCCCCUCUCUCUGAACCUCCAGACACCAGGAAGUCAAAGAAGAAGAAAAUAAUCCCUGGCCCACCUGCCACUCAGCAAGUGAAGAGAUCCAGAUGUCCUCCCAGCCCCUGGACCCCUAACCUAGUGGAGAUUAGACGUAGGCCACCUACAGCCACACCCCCUACCUGUGAGAUAGGUGUAACUACAUUUACCUUGAGAUCUAAGGUAGCGACAAGCCCUACCUUGAAGUCAGGUGUAGCCACAUCCCCAUCUAGUGGUGAAGCCUUUUCCACAUCCCCUGAGAGGAAGAAGAUGAGGAAGAAGAACAGGAAGAGAGCCAGGUGCAGUGGUGCGGCCGUUCCCACCCCCCCUGAGAGGAAGAUGAAGAAGAGGGCGAGGUGCUGCCCUGUCCCGCUGAACAACCCCUUGUCUGUCUGUCGGUCGCAGAGGGCCACCCAGGGCAGGAAGGCCUGUGUGUGGUGUAAACAGGAGAAAGAGUGGAUGAAGACCAUCUGGCAGUGUGAGGCCUGUCAGGUGGCCCUCUGUCUCAUACCGGGCAGAAACUGCUUCAGGGCCUGGCACAAGACUCACAAGUGGAACGAUGAAGUCAUGUUCAGUCUGUUUUCUUAAAUGUUGUCAAAUAUGUGGGUCUGGAGCCUCAGCAUGAGAUGUUAGUGGUUUGUGGUCAAAAAAGCCCACGUUCAGUUCCUAGUUCAUAUGGUUUUAGUAGAAUUCAGGCAUACAUGCAUUAAAUAAGAAAUAUUUCCUUUCUGGGUGUUUUUGCAAAAAAAGGAAGUUAAAAAGUUUGCUACAUUUUCUUCAAAGCCCUUUUCCUCAUGUUGUUUAAGUUGACGUAUUAAAUACAUUGCUAAAAAACAAAUAUGCCUCUUUCAAAUGUGUGCACUUUGUACAUUACUUUACAGUUCUUGUUCUUACAACAGUGGUCCAAACAGUAUCUUUCAAUGCUACUUACAAAGACAGAUGAACCAAAAAAACAACCAUGCACAGUGCCUUAAGUAUUCAUACUCCUUGACUUA